GCUCGUUGAUCUGGUCCCGCGGAAAUCUCUCUCUAACUUUCUCUCUCUUGUUUUCUUCUUCUUCUCUCUCUGGGAAAACCAAACCUCUCUUUCUCUGAAAGAGCUUCAUCUCAGAACAUUGAUUUCUUCUGCUUCCUCCUUCUACAAAUCAUUCAUUGCCUAUAUAAAGGUUUAGAGACCGAGAGAGUCAGAGAGACUUCUUCUUGUUUCGGGGAAUGUUAGAAAUUUUGAGUUGACCUUAUCAUUUACAGAGAGUAAUGAAAUUUGAUCCAUUUCUUCUUCUUCCUCUGGUCGGUCUCCUUCAUCAUCAAAAUACUACCAUUACGUAUACCACUUUGAGGAUUUCAACUUAGAGUCUCAACACUUUGUUGUUUCUCAUCAUUUUGAAUGCAGUUUCAGAUAAAAACAACCCUUUUCUCAAACAAAGAUAACAGUUGCGGAAUAUCAUCAUCAACGUCAUUAAUAUGUCUGCUUUAAUAGCCCGAACCGGGAGACAUAGGCAACGAUAUGAGAACGAUUUUCGCCUUGUAGCUGGGUGUAUUCCAUACAGAAUCAAGAAAGAUGGUGAGGAUGACACGGUUGAUUGCGAGAGUAGGUUGGAACUUCUUAUGGUGUCGUCUCCUGACCGAGAAGACCUUGUUUUCCCAAAGGGUGGAUGGGAGGAUGAUGAGACUAUUGGCGAAGCCGCCUGUCGUGAAGCCUUGGAGGAAGCUGGAGUUAAAGGAAUACUAGAUGAAAGUCCCUUGGGAAUGUGGGAAUUCAGAAGUAAGAGCAGACAGAAUAGCUGCAGUACGGAAGGAUCUUGCAGAGGUUACAUGUUUGCAUUGGAGGUGACCGAGGAACUUGAAACCUGGCCAGAGGAGGAUAACCAUGGGAGAAGAUGGCUAAGUGUUGGAGAAUCAUUCAGACUCUGUCGAUAUGAGUGGAUGCGAAGAGCUCUAAACGUGUUUCUAACAGUGUUGUCAGAACUGGGCAAAUAUGAAAUGAAAGAAGAUGAAUUGACUGAACUUGACGCUACUAGUGAUGAUGCAGUUUCUGUCGCGGAUGUUGUCAUGGGCGACCAUCAAAUAAGGUCUCCAAGCUGUUUUCUAAAAUCUUCUGGGUCCCAGCAACUUGGCGGUGAGUCUUAUAAUUGCAUUGUCUUGGGAUGACAAUGAUGACAACCCAUCAUCUCAUCUGAGAAUUUCGCUUCUCCAUCGGUUACCUCAACCCAGCAGCAGAAUUAAUAGAUAAGCCCUUAUUCUUCUUACGGUUCUACUUUGUUCGACUUGUUUUGUACCGGACAUUAUUUGUAGUCGCAAUUGUAGAAACUAGGUUGUGGGAGGUCACCUAUUUUGUUGCCUGUGUAGAUGAACUGGGUCUUGCUUGUAUUCACCUCAUAGUUCUGUAACUUAAUCAGUUUAGGCAGAAAAUAAAUAACAGAAUGAAUCAUUUCCGCCAACAGUUUGUUGCUUUAUAUCA